AUGGCCAAAGUCGAUUCGGCAAUCAGUCUAAUCCCACAUACCUUUCAUGCCACAGUCAUCAAGUCGGCAAUCCGGAAGAAGAAGAAUGUCGUAGGAACCAGCUACGUAUCCCGGGCUAUGACGGAGCUGGAAGAUCAAGUCAAAAGGGCUGGCAUCAUGGUCAUGAAUGAGAUUGUCUCCAAUGCAGGUGGCAAGAUCAAAUCCUUCCUCUCAUAUAGUGGUCAUCUCCCUCCCCCCGAAACCAGCGACAAUCCACUCGGCUACAAGUGCUCAAGGUCUAGUCGAGAUGUGCUCCUCGCCUUUCGCACCGCCGCGAAAUCCUACCAAGAUGGCUCUAUCAAGGAGAUUGCUGACCCUGAACUCAUGUCCAGUGUGAAGCCUUACUUCAUCUAUCCUAGAUUCGCCUUUGUCACAUACCAAAAUCGAGACUCAACCCCAUACCAAGUACGAUAUAACAUCCCGGAAGCACAGACCGUCAUCCCGAGGCGCGCUACGAUACCAAGGUUUUCCCGAAUUCGUCAAGUUCCUAGUUGA